UCUCCACCACUCAAAGCUCCUUAUCAGUAAUCACUUCUUAAUCUUCCUAUUCAAUUACAUUACUUAAACUUUAUACUUUUUAAGGUGACCAUGGGAGUUGUCACCGGUGAAUUUGAGACCGGCCAAGAUGUUCCAGGCUGCUGUCCUUGACGCUGAUCAGCUCUUCCCCAAGAUUAUGUCUCAAGCUAUUAAGAGUGCCGAACUCAUUGAAGGCGAUGGAGGGGUUGGAAGCAUUAGGAAAGUUAACCUUGUCGAAGGCGAUUUUCACAUGAAGCACAAGGUUGAUGCACUAGACAAAGAAAAAUUCGUGUACAGCUACACCAUCUUCGAAGGUGAUACAUUGACUGACAAAUUCGAGAAAAUUGUUUAUGAGACCAAGUGGGAGUUGUCUCCUGAUGGAGGAUCCAUCUUCAAGUACACUGUCACAUUCUACACCUUGCCUGGCUUUGACGUCCCAGGGGAGAAUCUAAUUAACAAGGCAAAAGAAAAGACAACCGUCAUGGUCAAAACUGUUGAAGCAUACCUCCAGGCCAAUUGAUCUUCAUGCCUGAUAAGAUGUUAUAUAUGUUGCUUAUAUAUAUCUCAAGUUGCAUGUGUGUUUUGCCUUACCAGUUACCUAAAAUAAGUGGAUCAGGGAUCAAAAGUGGCUCGUUGUAAGA